ACAGAAGCAGUUGGGUUACUCGGCACCAGCAGCGAUGGCGGCCGCCUUGAGAGGAAGCCUGGUAUCAUUGGUCAAGGGCCUGGGAGGUCCCAGGUGGCAGCAGCUGGCCUCCAGACCACUCAGUGUGUCUGCUGGUCUCUGCAGUUCAGAGAACCAGCCAGCUCGCGCUGAUGCCACCUUCAAGGUCACGAUGGUCCCGGGGGACGGGGUGGGACCUGAGCUGAUGACGGCUGUCAAGGACGUCUUUAAGGCAGGUGAUGUUCCUGUUGAAUUUGAGGAGUUCCACCUGAGUGAAGUGCAGAACAUGGCCAGUGAGGACAAACUGGAACAAGUGUUGACCUCAAUGAAGAGCAACAGGGUAGCCAUCAAAGGUAAAAUUCACGCACCCAUGGAGUUCAAAGGGGAGUUGGCUUCAUAUGAGAUGAGACUAAGGCGUAAACUGGACCUGUUUGCUAAUGUGGUUCAUGUGAACAGCCUGCCCGGUUACAGCACUCGCCACAACAACCUGGACCUUGUUAUCAUUCGAGAGCAGACUGAGGGGGAAUACAGCUCCCUGGAGCACGAGAGCGUUUCCGGCGUGAUUGAAUGUUUGAAGAUCAUCACCAGGGAGAAGUCACGGCGCAUCGCUAAGUUUGCCUUUGACUAUGCCACCAAAAAGGGCCGAAACAAGGUUACCGCUGUUCACAAAGCCAACAUCAUGAAAUUAGCUGAUGGACUCUUUCUUCAGAGCUGUGCAGAGGUGGCGCAGUUGUACCCCAAAGUCAAAUAUGAGAACAUAAUCAUCGAUAACUGUUGCAUGCAGCUGGUCCAAAACCCAUACCAGUUUGAUGUGCUGGUGAUGCCCAACCUGUAUGGAAACAUUAUCGAUAACCUGGCAGCAGGGCUGGUCGGAGGGGCAGGAGUCGUUCCAGGAGAAAGCUACAGUGCAGAAUACGCUGUUUUUGAGACUGGUGCACGCCACCCCUUUGCACAAGCCGUAGGGAGGAACAUUGCCAACCCAACGGCCAUGCUGCUCAGUGCUGCCAACAUGCUAAGGCAUCUCAACCUGGAGUAUCACUCCCAAAUGGUGUCAGAUGCUGUCAAGAGGGUCAUCAAACAGGGCAAGGUUCGGACACGUGAUCUUGGCGGGUACUCUACCACUGGCGACUUUGUGCAUGCCGUUGUGGAAAACCUGCGUCACCGACCCGUUUGAUAAGAUGUUCCAUCACACUCCUCACUGACAUUUCCCUCUAUCCGGACCUUGAUCUUAACAUGAACUGAGUGCAUGUUAAGACUCUGCUCCCCUCUACUGUGCUGAAUGACAGCUGUGUCACACUGCGAUGACAUCAAUGGCAUCCUUAAUGUUCAUGGUUUAUACCGGAUUUGCUAAUUGAUCCAGUGGAAGCAGCAGUGACAUGCACUGUUCUUUGCUGAGAGGAUUUCCAUCAAAUUAGCUCAGUCUCCUAUUUUCCUCAUCCUUAUCCUCCAUCGCCAUUGUCCAUCCUCUUUCAAUUUUGCUUUUCCAGUUUGUUCAUGGCUGAUUUGGAUCCAGAUCCCUCCUUCUCAGAGUCCAUUUCAUCUUUUUUGUUGUUGUCAUACCUUAUUAGAAACUGUCUGUCAAACAGCCAGACUGUCUUAUCAGUUCAUAUCGACUAAUGUAGUGAGUGUGCUACCUAAUGUGCAGUGUAAAAAACAACAACGCUACUGAUCAGUUGUGCUGUAACUUCUCUGACCAGCAGUGAGUGACAUCAAUUUACCGUUUCGGUGCUAUAAACCAAAAUAGAUAGCGAAUCUGUUAAAUAAUGUGCAGCAUCCGUGUUUAUCGCACUGACCAGGCGAAACUCUCUGGUGGUUUAUCAUGUUACAUUUCAAUCAUGUUACAUUUCAACAAAUUAGUCUUAUUUCCUAAUAAUCAAAAAAAAAUCUCACUGUAAUAGUUGGUGUCUUAAUUCAUCGUUUGUGGAUCUUAGUCAUCCAUCCAUGUUUCAUUUAUAAAUCGAUAGUGAAAUGCUUAACUCUUGUUCUUAUGUCAUUAACGUAGUCCUUUCUCAGAUUUUUGUUUGUCACACUUUUUUGUUUUGCAUUCCUUUUGAAAGGGUUUGAAAAUGUGGAGGCCAUUUGAAAAGAGCAAAAAAUAUGAAUUUAAUAUCUUUGUAACUGUUUUCUAUAAAUUUCUCAACAUUUCUGGUGGGAGACAGUUUACACCCAUCAGUGUAAGAAAAAAAAAAAAGGUCACGUUCUUUGUGAUUCUUGUGUUUGACUGGUAAAAUAAGGGUCUUAUAACAAUUGCAGGUACUUUGUUCUCAUUCAUCAUUUUCACUCAGAGUACUAUCUGGUUUACAACAGUGGCUUGCAACUUGAAAUUGAAUAAAGAAGAAAACUGAA